AAAUUUCUUGAUAAAGUUUGGAGAAAUCCUACUUCUGUUAAUUUUAUAGAGUGAGUUUAAAAGUUUAGCUAACGUCCGAAAAAUGUAUUAUUAAUUGCUGAGAGAGUGGAUUUUGUUGGUGAGAAAGAAGAAAAUGGUUCGAGUGAGCAACAAUUUGAUAGGGUUACUGAAUUUUCUGACCCUUCUUCUGUCGAUUCCGAUUCUGAUAACUGGCGUGUGGCUGAGUAAACAAGUCAACACCGACUGCGAAAGAUGGCUCGAGAGACCCUUCAUUGUGUUGGGCGUUUUCCUUUUGCUGGUGUCCCUCGCGGGUCUUGUGGGCGCGUGUUGCCGUGUCUCAUGGCUCCUCUGGCUUUACCUUUUCGUUAUGUUCCUUCUCAUAAUCGUUGUCUUUGCCUUCACCAUCUUCACUUUUGUUGUGACCAAUAAGGGUGCUGGUGAAGCCAUUUCCAAUAGAGGCUACAAGGAGUACAGGCUCGGUGAUUACUCUAAUUGGUUGCAGAAGAGAGUCAACAACAGCCACAACUGGAACAGGAUUAGGAGCUGUCUUCAAUCAGGAAAACUUUGCUCUCAGUUCCAAGCCCAAUUCGCCAACGACACUGACCAACAAUUCUAUGCUGAAAACUUAUCCGCACUUCAGAACGAGAAGUUUUGCAAGGGAAAAAAUGUACUUAUUGCUCGGAUCAAGCUUGUGGGCAUGAGGGGUGUGCGUGUAAUUUUAUAUUCCAUCUUUUCCAGAAUAGAAUACUUUCCGAUUCAUUUCGUCAAUUUUUUAAGGUGUCAUGGAUGCAUGCUGGUGUUGUGAGGCUAAAAGUCUGGGUGUUGUAAGCCAUCAAACGAUUGCAAUUUUGUGUACGAGGGUCCAUCUAAGUGGAAUAAAACGGAAGGUGUGAAUUAUUCCAAUCCUGAUUGUAAUGCUUGGGAUAAUGACCCCAAUGUUCUGUGCUUCAAUUGCCAAUCUUGCAAGGCUGGGUUAUUGCAAAACCUUAAGACUGAUUGGAAGAAGGUGGCUGUUGUCAACAUCAUAUUCCUCGUCUGUCUCAUUAUUGUGUAUUCUAUUGGUUGCUGUGCAUUCAGGAAUAACAGGAGAGACAAUUGGAAGUACUAGAUUAGAUGCAACAUGUGCAUCUGCAUGUACAUAUAUGUUGUAGUAAGUAGUCAAGCAAUUUGGUUUCUCUUAUGGAUUCUAUCUUUGUAUGUUAUUUGCAUUGUAAAUUGUCAAUUCUAGAUAAUUUACAGUUAUUUAUUUGGUUGUUCCUUCGCCCCAACACCUUUGUAUUUGCCCAUUGCUGAAUACUCCUCACCUCAACAACGUCUGUUGAU